AUGUCUGCAGUCGAUCCCCCAGCAACAGCCGAAAUACGUCUUCUAUUAAUCGGUCCUCCUAAAGUUGGUCAAUCAAGUAUAGCAAAUAUAUUAGCAGGCAGAAAUGUUUUUCCAAUUGCAACGUCCAGUUCAACUUCCAAAACUGCUACUAGAUCUCCAAGACAUUAUACAAAUAAGACAAUUCUAUCAAACAAGCAUUUACUAAUUAUUGAUGCACCUCCUCUAUUUGUAUUAAAAAAUGCAACAUCGAAUGAAGCCGAAAUGAAAAGUCUAGCAGAAUGCAUUGCUUAUAUUAGUCCUGGACCACAUGCUAUAUUCUUAAUUCUUAGUUGUGAUGAUAAAAAAAAUGAUUUAUUCGAUAUGGAAAAGAUUGUCACUACAGUAUUUGGUGCUGAAGCGUUGAAACAAGCUAUUGUUGUUUUUACUAAUAUUGAUAGUUUGAGAAAGAAAAAUAUUAGCAUCGAAGAUUUUAUAAAUAAUCAAUGUAAACAGCAGUCACUAUUAGAUGCUUGUGAUAGACGCUAUUUGGCGAUUGAUUCAUCAACAAAUGAUUUAACAAAACAUGAAACGUUUAUAAAACAUGCUCUUGUUCUAUUGAAUAAUUUAUGUGAAAAACAGACAAUAUUCAAGUCAGAUAUGUUUGAUACCAUUGAAAAAGAAUUACAACAUAUAGAACAUCACCGUUUACAAGAUUUAUUAAGGCCUGGUGCAUCAGUAGUUGAACAAAAAGUCGUGAAACUAGCUGUGCGAGAACAAUUGAGAGAUGAUAUACAUACUUACGGGGAAAUAUCUGAUUCUACGUUUUUUACAUUACAAUCACAUUUACAAACAAUAUUUAAAUCGUUGUUACAAGAAGUAGCAAGAUAUUUUGAAGAAAAUAUUGCUAGUAGUUGA